UAUAAACAGCAGCCGGCAGGGCCAGGAAGGCAGAAGCGAGGCGGAUUAGCCCAGCUGGAGGAUUUUGCUACCAUGGCGAAUUAUUCGCGCUAUUUGCUGAGGAUGCUUCCCUCACGACGUUGGCCGCUUCCCGGGCUCGGCUCUGUCUGGCUCAGCCAAAGCCGUCCGGCGGUCCGGCUCUUGUGGCCUCCCUCGGGCCACGGAUUUGUGGCGCAGAUGGUGGCUGACAUGGAGCACCAGCUCCAAGAGAUGGAGCGGCUGAGCCGGGCUUUCUUCCGGGCCUCACCGCUCGUGGCCUGGGAGCGGGAGAACCGGCGGCCACGGGACGUGGACUUGGAGGCUGCCACCGCAGCUGGGGCCGGCGAGAAAGAUGGGAACUACCGCUUCGCCAUGGACGUGGCCGGGUUCGCACCUGAGGAGAUGACAGUCAAGCUGGACGGGCGGAAGGUGACCGUGGUGGCCCAGUGCCACCGGGAAAGCCACGGCGAAGAAAAUGGCUCCUGGGAAGAGCGGCAAGAGCUAAGACGCGAGAUUCUCCUUCCCGACGACGUGGACCUGGAGGCCAUCUCCUGCUCCCUGGCAUCUGACGGGCAGCUGUGCAUCGUGGCGCCACGCCUGGCCACAGGAAGGGCUAUUCCCAUUGACGUGAAACCAGCAGUCCAGGAGACCUCUGGAGAAGACAGCCAGGAGAAGCCGAAGGACUCCUGAAACAGUGACUCCUCGAACUCGGGGCUCCUGCCACAUCCACGGACUUCGGCAUCUCUCAGCCCCCUGGGUUCCAGCUGACUCUUCUUCCUUGUGUGCCAAUAAAUGUUUAUUCUUUUCCAUGUG